UAGACAGGGAAGGAUCUGUAGGUGUACUACAUAGCAACUACCUACAGAGGACAUAGAUGUGCUGCGUGUGCAAGAAGAGCCCGAGAUUACUUUGGCCAGCUUGAGACUUGUGGCUACAGACCCCGUCUGCACCUGCUAUUGACAUUUAUACGUCUGCAUUGUCUGGGCAAGGCCCCUGGGACUUAUAGGAGCACGGUUGCGGUCGCGCUCAGCGUAGAAGGGCGUAGUCUCCCGCCCGGGCGCCCAGAGGGCGCCAAGGGCGAGCGGACAGCAUGUACGGAGCUGAUGAGGACCAUAUGGAGGUGGUGCAGGAGGAGGAGGAUACGGAAAUCGUUCAGGAGGACUCCUGGAACGUAAUUACCGCCUUUUUCGACGACAAGGGACUGGUGCGCCAGCAGCUGGACUCUUUCAACGAGUUUGUGAACGUCACUAUCCAAGAAAUCAUAGAUGAGACGCCUGAAAUCGUCAUCAAGCCGGAGUCGCAGCAUCUGCCCGGCGUGGAGGCGGCAGAGGAGAAGGAAUACAUCAUCAAGUUCGGGCAGGUGUACCUCAGCAGACCGCAGAUCACGGAGCAGGACGGGGAGUCGGUGGUGCUCUUCCCAAAGGAGGCACGCCUGCGGAACCUGACGUACUGCGCGCCGCUGUAUGUGGACGUGACCAAGACGGAGUACACGCGCGUGGGCGAGAACGAAGUGGAGGAGAAGACGGAGACCUUCUCGCACGUGCACCUGGGCAAGGUCCCCAUCAUGCUCAAGUCGGAGCGCUGCAACCUGCACGAGGCGUCCACGGAGCAGGAGGCCACCAACCUGGGCGAGUGCCCCUACGACCAGGGCGGCUACUUCGUCAUCAACGGCAGUGAGAAGGUGCUGAUCGCGCAGGAGCGCAUGGCCAACAACCACGUGUACGUGUUCAAGAAGAGCCAGCCCAGCAAGUACACCUUCUGCGCCGAGAUCAGGUCUGUUGUGGAGGGCAGCACCCGCUCCGCCAGCAGCAUGAGCAUCAUGAUGCUGGCCAAGGGCAAGAAGGCGGGCGCGGCAGGCGUCAUCCGCGCGCAGAUCCCCUACAUCCGGGCCGAGUUCCCCAUCUUCAUCCUCUUCCGGGCGCUGGGCUUCGUGUCUGACCGCGACAUCCUGGAGCACAUUGUGUACGACCUGGACGCCGACCCCGCCAUGCUGGAGGCGCUGAGGAGCAGCGUGGAGGAGGCGCAGGAGGUGCAGACGCAGGAGGAGGCGCUCAACUACCUGGGCAAGAGAGGAACAGUCACGGGAGCCAGCAAGGCCGACCGCAUCCAGUACGCGCGCAACCUGCUGAUCAAGGAGCUGCUGCCGCACCUGGGCACGGAGGAGUUCAUGGAGACGCGCAAGGGCUACUUCGUGGGAUACAUGGUGCACAGGCUGAUGCUUGUGGCUCUGGGCCGGCGCCCCGAGGACGACCGCGACCACUACGCCAACAAGCGGCUGGACCUGGGCGGGCCGCUCAUGGCGGGGCUGUUCCGGCUGCUGUUCCGCAAGCUGUGCAAGGAGCUGCGCAUGCAGGCGCAGCGCAUGGUGGACGCGGGCAAGGAGAUCAACGUGAUCAGCGCCAUCAACGACAAGGUCAUCACGCGCGGCCUCAAGUACUCGCUGGCGACCGGCAACUGGGGCGAGCAGGGCAAGCAGGGCAUCCGAGCGGGUGUGAGCCAGGUGCUGGCGCGCCUCACCUACGCCUCCACGCUCAGCCACCUGCGGCGCGUCAACUCGCCCAUCGGGCGCGAGGGCAAGCUGGCCAAGCCGCGGCAGCUGCACAACAGCCUGUGGGGCAUCUUCUGCCCCGCCGAGACGCCGGAGGGGCAGGCGGUGGGGCUGGUCAAGAACAUGGCGCUCAUGUGCUACAUCACAGUGGGCACUCCCUCUCUGCCGGUGGUGGCGCACCUGGAGGAGUUCAACACGGAGGCGCUGGACGAGGUGACGCCCGCCGACAUCGCCGCCAGCACCAAGGUGUUCAUCAACGGCGUGUGGCUGGGCAUCCAGCGCGACCCCACCGCGCUCAUCAAGAACCUGAGGGCCAUGCGCCGACAGGUGGCCUUCAGCACCGAGGUGGCCAUCAUCUACGACGGCCCGCUCAAGGAGCUGCGCAUCUUCACCGACUACGGCCGCGCCAGCCGCCCGCUCUACAUCUGCGAGGACAACCGGCUGCUGGUGAGCAAGCACCACAUCCGCCGCCUCAUCAGCCCGCUGCCGGACGAGGACGAGUACGCCUGGCCGCAGCUGGUGCAGGACGGCCUGGUCGAGUACAUUGACGCGGAGGAGGAGGAGACGACCAUGAUUGCCAUGACCAUCGCCGACCUGCGCAACGCGCGCGAGGCGGGCGCCGCCACCGGCACCACCUACACGCACUGCGAGAUCCACCCGGCCAUGAUCCUGGGCGUGUGCGCCUCCAUCAUCCCCUUCCCCGACCACAACCAGUCGCCCCGCAACACCUACCAGUCCGCCAUGGGCAAGCAGGCCAUGGGCAUGUACGCCACCAACUACCAGACGCGCAUGGACACGCAGGGCUUUGUGCUGUACUACCCCCAGAAGCCGCUGGUGUGCACCCGCGCCAUGGACUACCUCAAGUUCCGGGAGCUGCCGGCGGGCAUCAACGCCAUCGUGGCCAUCAUGUGCUACAGCGGCUACAACCAGGAGGACAGUCUCAUGCUCAACGGCUCGUCCAUCGACCGCGGCUUCCACCGAUCCAUCUUCUACCGCGCCUACAAGGAGGAGGAGAAGAAGGCGGGCAGCAUGGCGCGCGAGGAGAUCGAGGCGCCCGACCCGUCCGUGACCUCCAAGAUGAAGCACGGCACGUACGACAAACUGGACGCGGACGGACUGUGCCCGCCGGGCACGCGUGUGUCUGGCGAGGACAUCAUCUGCGGCAAGACCGUGACGCUGCCGGACGACCCCACCGGCGCCGUGCAGCGCUUCACCAAGAAGGACGCGUCGCUGGCGCUGAGGGGGCACGAGGCGGGCGUGAUCGACCAGGUCAUGCUGACCACCAACGACGAGGGCCAGAAGUUCGUCAAGAUCCGCGUGCGCACCAUCUGCAUCCCGCAGGUGGGCGACAAGUUCGCGUCGCGGCACGGCCAGAAGGGCACGUGCGGCAUCACGUACACCAUGGAGGACAUGCCCUUCACCGCCGAGGGCAUCGUGCCGGACAUCAUCGUCAACCCGCACGCCAUCCCCAGCCGCAUGACCAUUGGUCACCUGGUGGAGGCGCUCAUGAGCAAGGUGGCGUCGCUCAUGGGCAGCGAGGGAGACGCCACGCCAUUCACCAAGGUGACGGUGGACAACGUGUCUCAGAUGCUUCACGACCUGGGCUACCAGCGCCGCGGAUGGGAGGUCAUGUACAGCGGCCACACCGGCCGCCAGCUGCGCGCGCAGAUCUUCCUCAACCCCACCUACUACCAGCGCCUCAAGCACAUGGUGGACUUCAAGAUCCACUCGCGAGGCCGCGGCCCCGUGCAGGUGCUCACGCGCCAGCCCGCAGAGGGCCGCGCGCGAGACGGUGGCCUGCGCUUCGGCGAGAUGGAGCGCGACUGCCUGUCCGAGGAGCACCAGGUCCUCACCAACGAGGGCUUCCUCUUCCUGCACGAGAUCGAGGCCCGGAAGCGGGACCCCGCGCUGCUGUUCGCCGGGUACGACCCCGCCGCCGAGAAGAUCGUGUACGAGCCGAUGGACGAGCUGAUCGUCAAGGCGGCCAAGACGCAGACCAUGGUCGAGUUCACCCAGGCCGCCAAGAGCUCCCGCUGGGCGGACAACGACCACAGCAGCGGGCUGUCGCUGGUGGUGACCCCGGGGCACGACAUGUACCUCCGCCAGGGCCAGGCCCAGAACCACUGGAAGUCCCCCUUCCAGAAGGUCAAGGCGCGCGACGUCCUCGCCGCCCAGGAGACGCACGACUGCGUCAAGUUCCUGAGCUGCGCCAAGAACGGCGUCAGCGUGAGCGACGACUUGCCCAAACCCCUGGCCGACCUGGACCUGGACGCGGCCGAGCUCACGGCCUUGCUCGAGCUGUACGGCUACUGGCUCGGGGACGGCUCGCUCACGUUCCAGGGCAACUGCGGCCGGGACACGGUCCUGUUCAGCCCUGUGAAGCCCCAGGACCACGUGUGGCUGGAGCAGCGGUUCCGCUCCCUGGGCUUCACCCUCGGGGUCCAGUACACUCGGAGCAACGAGAACGGCCGGGGUGAGAUCAAGUACGACAUCAUCGAGCCCCGCAUCGUCGCCCUCUUCCACAACGAGUACCGCCACAAGUACGACAGCGGCGACCAGCAGCUCGUGGAGCUGGAGCUCGAGGAGGCGGAGGCGGAGGACCAGGAGCGCGACUUCGUGGGCAUCGCCACCGCCAACUCGUCGGUGAUGUCCAAGGAGGGCUUGGAGUCGGCCAAGUGGUUUGCCGGGUGGGUGUGGCUCCUCGGCAAGGACUACCUUCGCGCCAUCCUCGUGGGGCUGAGUUUCGCCGACGGGGCUGAGGCCGCCCAAGUGGGCAUCAUCCACACCUCCUCGGCCCGGUUCCGCGACGACACGGUCCGGCUGGCGCUGCACGCGGGCUACGCGGCGACCUUCGACCUCAUGUACAAGGAGGGAACCUCCAGGGGCAUCGUGCGCGGCAAGGAGAUCAUCGCGACUCAAGACGCCUGGACGGUCACCUACAAGGACAACCCCACCUACUCGGAGCCCAUGCUCUCCGUCAAGGAGUCGGUCCGGGAGAUCGAGUACACGGGCCGUACCUGGUGCGUCUCCCUCCCCCACACCUACAUCGUCACCCGCCGCGCGCACCAGAUGGACGGCGUGGUCACCAAGGCCUCGCUCCCCACCAUCCUCGGCAACUGCAUCAUCUCGCACGGCGCCGCCGCCUUCCUCAAGGAGCGCCUGUUCGACCAGAGCGACGCCUACCGCAUCCACGUGUGCGAGCGCUCCGGCCUCAUCGCGGUGGCCAACCUGAAGAAGCAGCAGUUCACGUCCACCAUCUACAAGGAUGGCUCCAACAUCUACCAGGUGUAUAUCCCCUACGCCUGCAAGCUGCUGUUCCAGGAGCUGAUGGCCAUGUGCAUCGCGCCGCGCAUGCAGUUCGAGCGCGACCCCGCGGCAAUCCCCGUGCACUGAGAGCGCGAGGACCCGCGGCUGGGCCAGCACUGGCGCCGGGGCGCGGCGGGCACACAGCGGCUGGUGAUGAUUGAUGGGUGCUGGCAUGCGGGUGCGGAUGGGCCGAGGCGGACAGGCGGGAGCGCCGGCCCCGCAGCUGCGCAUGCAGAAGGGCAUGGGCGCGCAGGGGAGGAGCAGUGCGAGGAGCAGUGCGAGAAGCAGUGUGAGGAGCGAGGCACAGGAGCGCCAGCCAAGUGCCGUGAGCGCCAGGCGGGGCGGGUACUUGGCUGGUAUUGAGGCGGGUAGGCCAAUUAGACAUACAAUUAGCGGUAGCAUGGCUGCAAGCCUUGGGCGUGGCAAACGGGCUAGUAGGGUGGCGCCGGCAGGUGCAUGCACGGAACGCCCGAGACAUGAGCAUGUGCAUUGGGCGACUUGCUGUGCAGCUGUCGUCGAGCAAGCGGUGUGCGGCCCAUGCGGCUGCGAGGGGGCUGCACAGUGAGGCGGUCGUGCCGCUGCAAGCGGCACUGAGCCUAGGUGUUUGAUGACGCGGACCAGCAGGGGGCAGUGAGCCGAGGUGGGGCGGCCUGGAUGCAGCGCCUGUUGGGCUGUUGCUGUGGUCGAGGAAUGUGGUUCUUCUCAGGGAUGCGGUCAGGUGCUGCGGAGGCCAUCUAACCCGCCGGCAUGGGAUGAAGCAGCCGGGCCAGGCUGGGGCCUACGGAGUGAUGCAGAGAGUUGUGUGGGUUUCGAAUGAGGGGUUGGCAGGCGGCGGGCAGGCGGCUAGCAGGUAGCAGGUGUCAAGCAUUGCAGCAGCAGAAGUACUGCACCAUGCACGCCUGAGUAUCUUGCCGGCAGUGCUUACCGCAUGGUUGAGCAGGAGUUGAACUGCUCGCACAAACAAUCUCGGUUAACAUAAACCGUGUGGAGCGGUACAAAGCCGGAUGGAGCUGGGCGCUAGCUGUUGCAAGCACCCGACAAUAUCCACUGCACCUCUGCACCGAUCUUGGCACCUGUUACAGUAUCUGGCUAAUCUUGUCGUGUACACCAGAACGCAGCGCACUCGUGCGCUUGGUCUGUGACUUGCACACUGCACAGGCAAACCGGAACAGUGCAAUAGGGCUAGCUCACAUUACGGACCUAGACUGGACGGCUUUAUAAGUUGAUGGCAACCGGGAAUGAGCCGAUCAUGUCAGAACAUGCAGACACUGGGGCAGCCAUAGCAAGCGACCAGGAUGUAUAUGCGUCUACGGUCUCUGCGUCAUCGCUACUUGCCAGGGGUGCUACCUCCU